UUGUUCGGACUCUGUACAUGGGAAGGAGAUCUUAAAUUCUGAUCAAAUCUGGAUUUAUCGAUAUAAUUUGUCCGCCAGAAAGAAAUAGAUCUAGAAUGAAGUUAACAUGACUAUAUAUGAAUGUCCAAGGUUGGAGGUUUAAGUAAUAUGGAUAAUGUAAAUCUACAUUCUUAUGUGGGGGAUAUGGACAAUUUGGAUCAUCACAGUGACCCUGAGACCUGUGACCCUGUGACCUGUGACCCUGUGACCUGUGACCCUGUGACAUCAGUGAUCAUGAGGUACCAGUAGUUAUUUUCUUAUGUUUUUAUCUAAAUUACUUAUUGUGAAUCCAACUUCGGGACAGGAGAAUAGAGAUUUCAUUCUGUGACAUAAAAUAAACUCUUUGAUUUCAUAAUAACACAAGUAGGACUCAGUAACAAAAAUCAGUGUUUCAUCAUAAUGGGAACAACAGUUAGUCAAAUGGCUUUGCGUAUGAGAGGUCAGACAAACUGCAUUCAGCAUAGCGAGAAACAACUGGAUUUUUAUUGUGAGCAAUGCGAUGAAGUAAUCUGCCCCACAUGUGUGUCGACAACUCACAAUGGACAUCGUAUCUGUGAACUCAGCCUCAUUUCUACUAAAAAGAAACCAUACAUUCAAAACUUUAUUGACAGAACAGAAAAAAAUGAACUGGUACAAAUCAGGAGAUACAUAACCUCUACUGAUAAACUCCUCCAAGACAACGACAAUAUAUUCGAGGACCUGUCAUGUCAGUUGAAGUUGCAAACGGAGAAAUUAAAGCAAGACCUUGAGAAACUAACAGGGAAGACGCUCUCUCUUUAUCAGAAAAUGAAAGAGGACAACGCCAGGAUAAUUCAGAUGUAUAAGCAGAAGCUGGAAAUGUACAAUGAGCAACUCAAACGAAAAGUACAGGAAUGUAAGACGGCACUUCAACGCAGUUCUCACAUACAAAUUUAUGAUUUGUCUCAUGACAUCGCUUCUCCAUCCAGUCUCCCUGUGAAACCUUUUCUUGGUACUGCCAGCUUCAUUCCAAACAUGAAUCCUCAGCAUCAACUAGAACUGGCCUUAGGGAAAGUUAUGUUCAAGGAGGUAGAGGAGUGGAACUCUCUAUGUGGAAUUGAUUCAAUAUGUCCAACCGAUGAUGGUAGGGUUUGGACCAGCGAGUACAAUAGAACAUUAACUCUCCUUGACAGGAAAGGCCGAGUUAUACAGAGGGUGAAACACAGGUCUGUGGUCUCGGACAUCAUCCUGUCACCCAGAACACACAGACUGUGGGUCUGUGACACAGACAACAACAUCCUGGAGCUCGUGUCCGGACACCUAACGCAGAGAUUCAGAACCAAGGAGAGACCCAGGUGUAUAUGUGUUACAGCCAGUGACCAUGUCAUUGUGGGGAUGGCCAGACGAAUCUCCAUAUUCACGACAAAAGGCGAAAUGGUGUCCAUUCCAUCUGCUGAAGGGACUGGAAAGCCGGUAGUGUGCACACCGCACAGGAUCGCAGAGUGUCCUGUCACGCACAAUGUCGCAGUGAUUGAUUUCAGCAGUGACAAGGACGGCGGUGAUGGAAACCAGCAUGUUUCUGUUAUAAAUACUGCUUUCCAAGAACUGUCUGUAUUCAGAGGUGACAUCCCAAGCUCAUCCGACCAACCACAAACAGGAGGUGAACCAUUUAACCCCUGGGGUGUGGUGUUUGAUAGUGUGGGGAACCUCAUCAUAGGAGACAGGGAUAACUGCAGGGUCCUCCUCCUCAGUGGAGGUUGUAAGUUCCUCAAGGUCAUACACACAGACACAAACGGGACAUCAGCUGUAGGUGUAGACUGGGAGGACGUGUUAUGGGCAGCGUUCUCGAAAAAUGUAAAACUACUACCAUACACACACUAAUGAGAGUCAAAGGGCCAUAAGCCCUGAGAAAUGUCAGGGUCUGAGGUCAUAAAAUAAGAAAUCUAAAAUUAGAUUUUAUAGUCAGACAGCUACAUUUGUAUCAUGUCUUAAUCUGUUCUUUUCUAUUCUAUACUGUAUAAUAUUCAAGAUUACAUGUAUAUACUGUAUAACAUAUUUAACUGCGGACAACUUUCCAAUAGCUGAGUAUACAGUUAGUAGUUCUUUCCCUGACCUAUUUCUUUAAUGUUUGUGGAAGAUUAUUGAUAUACUUCUGAAUCAGUAAAGAUGCUUGUAAAUUUUGAAAAAAAAAAAAUCAACUGAAGGACAAAUUGGUCUAUUAACAGUUACAACCAGAGAAAAAAUCUAAGAUGUAUGUAUACAGCCUAAGUUUUUUUAUAUUUAUAUUAUAAGAUGUUAAUUAGGCCUAGCAAACAUCUAUUAUAUGACCCCUAGUAACAUCGAGAAUGCAGCAAUUUUAACUUCGAUAGAAAAUUGCAGUCGCGCUGUCCGACGAGACAUACAUGUAUAUACACAUGUAGAUGAUUAUGAUCUUAUUUAAUAAAAUCCUAAUGAAAAACG